UGGUGGUUUCUUUGUGUACGAGUUGGUUGAACCACCGGGAUGCAGCAUGCGAUACUGUGGAGAGACAUUUCAAGGAGGCUCACCACCACCCCCAUCAACGCCACCUCCAGUCAUUUUUGCUUGUUCCAACUACAAAGUCUUGAACGAACGUGACCGUAUAACAACUUACAAAGGGUCAGUCAAGUGUGACAGUUCACUUGGAAAAGGCUGGUACAGAUUCGCGGGAGAUGCAGGCACACAGAUGCCAACUAAGUGUGUACCUAAACUUCAGUGUGGUACCCAUGCACCGGGCUGGCUGAGUGGCGCACAUCCCACAGUGGGGGAGGGAGCCGUUCAACGCAAAGUGUGUUUCCACUGGUCAUCAGGCUGCUGUCAGUGGUCCAGUAAUAUUUUGGUUCGUAACUGUGGUGGUUUCUUUGUGUACGAACUGGAUCGGCCACCAGCCUGUAGUCUGCGAUAUUGUGGAGAGAAAACUCAAGGUUGUAGUUCAUCGACGCCUCCACCUCCAGGACCAACAACACCUGUUAACGCACAAGAAUGUUCCAGUUACCAAGUCCUUAAGGAUUUCGACCGUGCCAAAGGAUUUCAAGGAGGAGCCGCCAAGUGUGACCGCUCUGGUUUUGUUAAGGCCUGGUACAAGUUUGAAGGAGGCGCCGGUGACAAAAUGCCUGAUGCCUGUGUACCAACGAAUCGUUGUGGCACACAUGCUCCAGGCUGGCUUAGUGAUGGUCACCCUGCAGUGGCUGAUGGGGCUGCCUCCCGUAAAGUGUGUUUUCAUUGGAGUGGAAACUGCUGUAGAUGGUCUAGGAACGUUCGCGUCCGUAACUGCGGAAACUUCUACGUCUACGAGUUGCCACCAACAGAGUAUUGUUCUUUGCGGUACUGCGGAAACAGGGAGCGAGCAACACCAAUACCUCCCACGGGCCCUCCACCCUCACCAGGUGUUUGCGGAGUCCGUCCUCACUCCAGAAUUGUAGGCGGUGUCAAUGCCAAACACGGAGAUUGGCCGUGGCAGGUUCAGCUGCGUACCCCGGGUGGUUUCCCCUAUUGCGGUGGAUCACUCGUCCAUCCUGAAUGGAUUGUAACUGCUACUCAUUGCAUCGAAGGAAAAUCACCCAACUCCAUUGUCAUAAGACUUGGUGCCCACCGACGUGUUAAUGUGGUUGGAACUGAACAGGACAUUCGAGUUUCCAAAGUAAUUCCACAUCCGCAAUAUCACCAACCGAAACGAUACAGCAACGAUAUCGCCUUACUGAAACUGGAGAGACCAGCUCAAUUAAACAGGUAUGUGAACCUGGUUUGUCUUCCCCAAUCUGUUCCUGCACCAACCGACGGCACCAGAUGCUGGAUCACAGGCUGGGGCCGACUUGCUUCCGGGGGUGCUACUCCAGACUAUCUUCAGCAGGUGCAGGUCCCGGUGGUCAGUUAUGCUCGUUGUAAUAGAGCCUACCCAGGAAAGAUCCAUGACUCCAUGAUCUGCGCAGGCCUGGACCAGGGAGGAAUAGAUUCCUGUCAGGGGGAUAGUGGGGGACCGAUGGUCUGUGAGACUGGAGGAAGGUUCUAUCUGCAUGGCGCCACCAGCUGGGGUUAUGGAUGUGCCAGCCCUGGAAAGUUUGGCGUCUACGCGAAAGUGAAGUACGAGUUGAACUGGCUUAACUCUGAAAUGUCCAAAAACUAGUAAAACCGACAACAGCGCUAUGGGGAUAUUUAAUAUUUAAAAAGAUUAAUAAGAGGGUUUAAUUUGGGAAAUAUUACUCACGCAGGAAAUAUCAUAGAUAUUGUAGAAUGAUGGGUCAAUAAAAGCAAUGGAAAGAAA